AUGGGCGAAAAGCCGAAGCUCGUAACAAUCGACCCAAACGGCGACAUGCUAAUCAAGCUCAAAUACCGGAGUACCUUGCAGUCAAAGUGGAAAAACGAGAGCGAAUCCCUGGGAGAUUGGAUCGCUCAGGCAGAGGCCGCCAAAGCAAGUAUUGAGAACGAGACUGCGCAGUCCAAGCAGAUACCUACCCAACCUACCAAAGUCCACUACCUCGUGUCAUCGCGACAGUUGCGCAUCGUGUCACCUUACUUCGAAAAAAUGUUUAAACGGAACUACGACGAGACAGUCCCAAAUACCGAGGACGGUCUAUAUCACGUACGCGCGCAGCAGUGGAACCCGCAUGCCCUUGCCAUCAUGCUCAAUAUUGCGCAUCUCCAGUUCGUGGCUCUACCGAAGAAGAUCAGCGUCAGGUUGUUUGUUGCGCUGUUUCUGGUCGCAGAUUACUACCAGAUGGAAGAUGCGUUGAGGCUGUUUACGAAGGAGUGGCAGGAUCAACUCCAGGAGCAGCUGAUGCCUACAGUUUACUGCGAAGAGUUGAUGCUGUGGAUGUUUUUGGGUGUGAAGUUGAAGGAGUGGGAGGUGUUUGAGAGUAUGGCGUCGAUGGCGAUGAGGGAGGCGUGUUGUCCGAUACAGUUCUUGGAUCUGCCUUUCCCACGCGGUGAAAAAGGGGUGGGUCAGCUUGACAGCAUGAGGUGUGCAGCUAUCCAAGAGCUGCUGGCCGGCACUCACAAGCUCAACCAAGAUCUAUACGAAGGCAACGUAGGAUGCGGCUAUGGAUGUUCGGCGACGAUGUUAGGAUUCCUACAAAAAAGCUUGUGGGACCACAAGCUGCUGAGUCGCAUCGAGAAACAUGACCAACAUCCCUUCGAAGAACUUUCAUUCGAAGUGCUCUAUCAGAAGUUGAGCGGGAUUAACCACUUCACUUAUUCUCAGAGUCACGGUACCAUGAUGCGCGCCGGUUGUUGUGAAAUUCACAACCAUCUUCUUGCAAUCUGCGAAAAGGCCGAAGCUCACUUGGAGUUGGACUUGGGACGUUUUCAACCUGAGCAUGGUGGACGGCUUGAUGGUUGA